AUGGCGUUCCAUAAACAGUCGAUCCAGCAGUCCCUAGGCCCGUUGCUGGUCAAGUUUACUGAUCCGGAUCCAGAUAUCCGAUACAUGUCCUUGAACGACUUACUGGCUCUUAUCGAGGGCUGCAAUCCUUCAUACUUCUCACAGGAUCCCUCAUCAUGCAACAGGAUGGUCGAGGGGCUGCUAAAGUCGUUGGAAGACCAGAACGGCGAGGUACAGAACGUAGCACUGAAAUGUAUAGGGCCUCUGGCUACACGUCUACCUGCCGAUAUCCUCUCCCCCUUCAUCGAUAAACUUGCCCUUCUCACGAGCUCACAGACGAUCGACACUUCAGUGCCAAACACCGCUCUUCGAAUGAUCUUAGCUUCCCUUCCCAGACCCAAUAUCAAUCUGAUCACUUCUAAAGAGGUGCAGGCCAGCUAUGAAGCCGUGUCUAGAGUCCUCAUUCCACGCCUAAUUGGUGCGCCAACGAAGACGAAAGUACCAACCGCUGCUCCGGGGAUGAUCGUGAAUGACCCUGCAAAGGGCUUCAGCAGUGAUGCUAUAGACGUGUUGAUUGAUGUAGUACGGUCAUACGGGCCCAUGCUAAAUGAUGAAGAGCUAUCCGAGCUUCUACAAACCGUCGUGCGCGUUAUAGAAAACGACCAUGCAGGAACGGUUGUAACUAAACGUGCUCUUACAGCUAUCUCGAUGCUGUCAAUUCACUUAUCAGAUGCCCAAUUAAGCGGAUUCGUCUCAGGUCUUAUUGAAAGCUUCCGAUCUCCGCAUCUUACAAUCAAUCGCCGCCGUCAUUUGAUUGCGGCUAUUUCUGCAAUGGCAAGAUCUACACCAGCAAAGUUUGGUCCAUACUUAAAGACUUUAGCACCCUUCGUACUUUCAGCCGUUAGUGAAAAAGAGAUGAAAGAGAUGAAUGAUGACAUGUCUGAUGAUGGAGAGCAUGAUCCUAAACAGGAUGAGCUACGUGAGACGGCACUGGUAUCGCUUGAAACCCUGCUUUGUUAUUGCGGAUCUGAGAUGCAGCCAUACAUCAAUGAUUGUAUUGCGGCUGCUUUAAGAUAUCUCAAGUAUGACCCUAAUGUGGCCGAGACGGAAGAGGAUGAAGAAAUGGGCGGCACUCAGGAUGAGAGUAGUGAUGACGGGGCUACUGAAGAACCUGAUGACGAAAAUGAUGCAUUUGAUGACUUUGAGGAAGAAGAGGGCUACAGUGACAUUGAUGAUUUGAGCUGGAAGGUCCGCAGGUGCUCUGCCAAAGUUUUAUACACCGUUGUAUCAACCCAAGGACGCAACACACGGGCUGUCGAAGAUGGUUCAAUAUAUCAAACAAUAGCCCCAGCACUUCUCUCGCGGUUCACGAAGGAAAGAGAAGAAAGUGUCAAAGUCGAAGUUGUGGCUACAAUGACUGGUCUAGUUCGAAAGACUGGCGAUCUUGCAACCGGGCGUAACUCGUUUUACUCUGAUCCAUUUUCUCAAGCACGCUCGUCUCGAAAAAGGAGACGACAAGAUAGCAAUGCUACCGUGAUUGAUCUUGAGUCUGACUUCCCACCAGCAGCAGCUUUAGAUACCCCUAUUAUGAAACCUUCAACUCCCCAACCUGGCCCACAGAAGGACCUUGCAGACUUAACGCCAGGAAUUGUGCAGGCGUUGACUAAACUAUGGAAAGGCGCACCAAUACCCCUUAAACAAGGCGCCAUUCUUUUAUUGAAGGCUCUUGCUCUUGUCCGUUAUGGAGGCCUGGCAGACUACCUGCAGCGAAUUGAGGAUCCUAUUGCUGACGCCUUGAAGGCCUCUGGGCUAUCUGGUGGAGUAAUUGUUUCUGCUGGGUCAAAUUCAGUCAGUGCAGGAAAUCUUCAGGUUGAGGCAUUAGGGCUAAUUGCCGCGAUUUCUGAGACUCAUCCCUCUGGCUCUCUCUCGCCGUUCUUGAUUGCCUUGAUACCCGGAGUUGUCGCAUCCGUAAAUGACAGAGACUUCAAAGUGUCUAGUGAAGCACUUGGUGCAAUUGAACAAAUUGUGGUGGCUCUCACGCCUCCUCGAGUUUCUGCAGAUGAUCGAGACUUGGGGCUGCAGCUAGAGAAACUGUAUGAUAUCGUGGUGGAGAAAAUUACCGACAAUAGCAUUGACUUGGGGGUUCGACAACGUGGUAUACAUGUGCUUGGAGUAAUGUUGAGCCGAACGUCUGGGCUAGAAGGGCGUAGGUUUAUUUCCCUACCUCAGAGACAGAAGGCGCUUUCAGUUCUCAUAGAGCGACUGAAGAACGAAACAACUAGAGUUGCUGCUGCUCGUGCUAUAGAUGAUGUUGCAUUACUUGCCCGCCACAGUGAUGAUAUGGCUGUAUCCUGGCUUGGGGAGGUUACGCUUGAGCUUGCAGCCCAGCUCAAAAAAGUUGACCGCACGUUACGGGAUGUUUGCCUUGGAGCACUCAAGAGUAUCGCUAUGAACUCUCAGACUAGACAAUAUCUUGACCAGCGGACCAUUGAUGGCUUACGAGUCGCCAUCUUACCACUCAUUUCUGCGGACGAUUUACACCUCUUGACGCCCGCACUGGUCAUAUUAGCUAAAUUACUACCCCACUAUGGUCCAGAGCUUGUCAAUGACAGCAUUAUUGCCCAACUCUGCUCCGCGGUUCAAGGAACUUUAACCGGAACAGCAUUGAAAGCAUAUAUCCUUCUAGUCCGUGUCAUUGGUGAACAGGGAGCAGGUACAAAGCUUAUGAAAGCCUUGUUACAGAAUGUUGGUGUCAAUGGAGAUUCUGCGGUCGUCGGUAAAGCCAUUGGAACUCUCUUAGUUUACGGAGGACCAAACAUUGGUGUUAAAACCGAAGAUUUCCUCAAAGAACUCAAGACAGCCCAAGAUAAUCAACGUAAAUGCCUUGCUUUGGCCAUCUUGGGCGAGAUCGGGCUUAGAAUGGGCGCCAGAUCACCCCUAGAUCCACAGCUGUUUAUCACGAACUUCAACGCUCCUUCAGAUAAAGUCCGACUUUCUGCGGCUGUAGCCCUUGGAAAUGCAGGAGCUAGCAAUGUGGAGGCUUAUUUGCCCGUCAUACUGGAAGGACUGGAGAAGUCCCAGUCUUCUAAAUAUCUACUUCUACACUCACUCAAAGAGAUUCUUCAGCACCCAGAAGAUGUUAAAACUCAUGUGGCCCCCUUCGCCACACGACUAUGGCAGAUACUGCUAUCGGCUUCUGAUGAUGAGGAUAAUCGUACUGUCGGUGCUGAAUGCAUCGGACGUCUGUCCUUGAUUGAUCCCGCUAUAUACAUUCCGCAACUACAGGAAUAUUUAUCCCAUCCAAAUGCAACUAUCAGAGGCACGGUUAUCUCCGCGUUCCGUUACACUCUUGCUGAUUCCAGCAACACAUAUAAUGAGACACUACGCCCACUCAUAGUCCCUGUUUUGGUCACAAUUCUAAAUGACAGCGACCUGGCGAACCACCGUCUAGCUCUGACGACACUCAACUCUGCGAUUCACAACAAAACGGCUCUUGUUCUUCCACAUCUACCCCAGCUGCUACCUGCAGUUAUGGGAGACACGAACCUGAAGCCAGAACUUGUGCGAGAGGUACAGAUGGGUCCCUUUAAACACAAGGUCGACGAUGGCUUGGAACUUCGCAAGAGUGCGUAUGAAACGCUUUACACAUGCCUUGAUGUAGCAUUUUCGACCGUCAACCUGUCUGAGGUUUACGACAGAAUCAUCGCAGGUAUUGAAGAUGAGCAAGAUAUCAGAACUCUGUGUACGCUCAUGAUUUCGAAGUUGAUGACCUUGGCGCCGGAGGAAACGCUUGCCCGGCUUGAUGCAUUUAGUAAUUCGUUCCGGGUCGUAUUGUCCGUCAAGCCAAAAGAGUCAGCCGUUAAACAGGAACUAGAGAAGGCGCAAGAAGCCUCGGUGGGUGUACUGAAGAUUAGUCGGGAGUUACAAAUGGCUUUCCCUGCUGCAGAGGCUUCGAAUGACCACCAUGCAUGGAAGAGCUAUGUGGAAUGGAUGGCAAAGGAGUUCAGCCAACUUCUACGUUCAAUCAACUGA